UUUAUGUAAACAAUGAAUGACUAAGUUGGGCAGCUGAGUUGGGAAAUUGUUGGGCGCUUUGAAGAUACUUUGAUGAUGAAGUCACUUGGGGAUUGACAGGGAUCUUAGACCAAAUAUAUUAUGGCAUACAAACUACCAUCAGAGGUCAUUACCCAUAUAAUGCGGUAUUUGAGUGUGGCUGACAGAAAAGAUGCUGCAUUAGUCAACAAAGUUUGGUAUGAUGCUUCCUUAGAUCCAAUCCUGCAGAGAGAUAUUGUAAUACAUUUCUAUGGAACUAUGGUAGAAAGCAGAUUUCCUAAUCUUAGUCGACGGAAAAUGUCAAAUUUAAUGCUUGACCAGUUUGAUAGCUCACUGGAAUCUAAGUCUAUUAUGCUGAAAUCUUGUCAAAAUUUCAGUCAGUCUUUACGGAACCUGUCAUUAAAAGGAAGCAACAUAACAGAUGCACUUUUUGUUGAUCUUAUGUCGCAUUGUAAGAAUCUUGUGCAUUUAGAUCUGAGUUCCUGCAAUUCACUUUUUAUGUCAGGUCGUAUAUUAGAAUUAAAUGAUGAUAUUCAGAAGCUAAAAGACACAUUAAAGAAUGUGAAAGUUCUAAAUCUGUCUUCCAUUCGUUUCUUGUCUGAUGCUACAUUCAACAGGAUGGUCACAGUCUGCUCAAAUGUAGAAUCAGUCCAUCUUGCCAGUGCUCAAAUAACAUUUAUCUCAGAGAGCUAUUUACCAAAAGGACAAACAAACUGUGUAAGCAACAGUUUACUGACAUUCGGCAACAUUCUCCACUUUAUAGAACAACAGCAGGAUAAACUGAAAGCUCUAGAUUUUACCAGAACUGGAAUUUCAGAUGAUCCAUUAGAUCAGAUAGCAUCCAUACAGAACCUGGAAUUGGAAGAAAUAGUCCUGUCCGGAUGUAAAGAUGUAACAGAUGAGGGCAUUAAUUCUACAUGUAAAAACCAGAAACAUCUUCGUAUAGUUGAAGUCAAAGGGUGUACAGAAAUAAGUGGUGCUGCAUUAGAGCUUAUAACUCAGAACUUGAUGUUUUUAGAAAUUCUGCGUCUUGGUAAAUGCAGACAGCUUAAUGAUAUUGCAGUCAGGAAUUUACAUCGACUUAGAUGUCUGCAGGUUUUGGAUCUAUCAGAAAUCUACCAGCUCACAUCAGCAGGACUGAUUAAGGGGCUCUGUCAUAAUGUUAAUGAAAUGUUAACUCAUAUAAAUUUUAAUUGUUGCUCAAAUGUCAAAGAUAACUUUGUUGUAUCUCUAUGUAAAGCUGCUCCGAACCUGCUUCACUUGGAUAUAGGAUCCACUGGUAUAACAAAUAUCAGUGUUCAAGCUGUAUGUAAAUAUCUCAAAUAUUUGAGAUAUUUCCGAGUAGCAUGGUGCCGAGACAUAACAGACAUAGGAUUAGUUGGCUACAAAGAUGCAGAUAAGGACAUUAUUGAGAAAGCUAAAGAAAAUCCUGAAGAUUUUGACAUUGGCAGACUGAGGAGAAUAUAUGAUGACCAUAUUAUUUUCAAAAAACCUACGGGGUUUAAGAAAGACCAAUUGUCAGCCAGUGAUUUAGAGAAAUUAGCAUUUGACACAACUACAGGUUACACAUUAGACUGUUUGGGACGUCUUCAUGAUCUUGAUUUGUCUGCUUGUAAGAAACUAACUGAUGGCAGUUUAGUCCAUGUGAUCAAAUUCAAAGAGCUCCGAUCUCUCAGUCUAUGCAUGACAAACAUUACUGACAUAACCGUAAGUGCAGUUGCUGCUAAAAAUCCCAGUCUUGAGCACAUUUGUUUGUCACAGUGUCUUUCUAUUACAGAUGAUGCAAUAAGAGAUGUGACCAAACGUCUUACCCGACUUUCAAGCCUGGAUAUUGCUGGAUGUGACAACCUUACUGAUAAGAGUAUUCACCAUAUACAGAUGAACUGUAAAAGCCUUAAAUCACUAGAUGUUUCUUUCUGCAAGCAGAUUUCCCCUGAAUGUGUGGGCCUUUUGGAGACAAAUUUGAAAACUAUUCAGUCAGUAAACAAAAGGUUAACUGGAAAUUGAUGAAAGUGAAUUUUAGCAUACUGUGAAAGAAAGUUUGUUCAUGAUGUAUGUUUUAAGUUGAUAGGAUCUUCAAAUUUUUAUAUCCUAAUUUACUGUCACAGACUUAAUUAAUUGAAAUUUUCCUUGGUACAUGUACUUUGUGUUUUAGCAAAACAAGAAAUUCUCAAAAUUGAUAACAGUGAAGGAAAUAUAUCUAUCUCAGAAUGCAUUACUGUUUAAUGUUGAACAUGAUAUGACAGAAACAGAAAUAAAUUUUUAAUUUCAAAUUAAUGUAUAUCAACUAUGGGAACAACGAUUUAACUCUGAGGUAGGGGUUAUGGUUUUUCCUGAUUCCCAACUUUGAAGAAGAAAAAAAAUUUGAUCAGGGAGAUGGGAAAAAUUUUUCUGAUUGAGAGUUUUUGCCGUUAACUUAAAAAAAAAAAAAAUGAACUAAUUUAAGAUUGAACAAAAAAAACAUCCCUCCCCCAUCAAAAGUUAAAUGGUUGUUCCCUAACCUACCAAAAUUGGUGAAGAUUUUAUAUAUUUUAGAUAAGUCACUAGUUCAUUGGUCCUUGAAGGUUUUUAAUUUUCUAUUCUUAUUUGACCAAAGACCAAAUAUAAGAAUUCUGAAUAGGGGAGGGACUGAUUUUACAAACUCAAAAUAUUUAUGGGAUAAUAUCAGAAUUUGGUUGAUUAUAGAAUGAAAAUUUAUUAUACAUUGACCAAUUUUAUAGCAGUUUUCAUUACAAAUUAUUUAAUAUUAAUAUUAUUAAAUAUUACAUUGUACAUAUUCUAGUUUGAUCACAUUUUAAUGAAAUUUAUUGUUAGAAGUUUUUUUCUGAAAUGACAAAUUCUCUUGGCAUGUCAAAAAUCAAGAUUGUGAUUCUUUAAAAGGGAAAAUGGCUAAUAGCUUUAUAAGUAAGGAUGUGAUUUUAAAAAAAGAAAGGGAAACAUAUUAAAUUGUAUGAAAGGUCAGGAAAGAGAACCCAAUUGUUUUUGAUGUGGCCAAUCUCUAAUAUUCACACUUAGUUUUUGUUUGUUAAACUAACAAUCAUGACAGUUUUAGAUAUUACCCUUUGUUGACAUUAUAACUUAAUGUGUUCUCAACAGUUAUAACAGAAUAAUGCAUUUUUUAAAUCAUCCGUUUUAUUAAAUAUUAAUUAGAUCAACAUUAUUAUUAAACAAAACACAAAUAAUGCAGUUGAAAAAAUAUCUGGAAUUGAAAGGAGGUAUUUUAAUAAGUUACAGAUUUACUAAAACCAUAGAUUGAUAGGCAGGUCACCAUGGUCACAUAUAUAUCUGUUAGAUAUUAGCUUUUUUUGCAGUAUUUGUGAAAACUGUCCUUUGCAUGUUAAUUGAACAAAAAAAAUGAUUCCAGUUUAGACAUGUAAGAGGCAUUUUUUUAUCUGAUUUUAAGGCAAUUCUAUUUUAAUUUCAUAACAAAUAGUGUUCAAUUCUUGUUAUGAAAUCCAGAUGGUCUAUCAGUGGUUGUGGUUUGUUGCUGUUUAUCAUAUUUUUUUCUCAUUUAUUGGUUUUUACAUGAAUCAGGCAGUUAUUUUUCUUGUUUGAGUUGUUUUAUUCGUUUGUCACUUCAGGGCCUUUUAUUGCUUGCUAUGUAGUAUGGGUUUUGCUCAUUGUUGAAGGUCGUAAGGUGACCUUUAGUUGCUAACUUUUUUUGUGAUUUGGUCCCUGGUGGAGAGCUGUCUCAUUGGCACUCUUACCACGUCUUCUUAUUUUCAUAUCAGAAAAUUUAUGAUUCUUAUAUCAAUUUGAAAUUCAGGGAGGAAGGAUUGAAAUCUGUGAUAUCUGUUAUAAUUUUUGAAAAUUUUUAUUUUUAUAGUAAAAGUUAUGUAUUAUAUAUAUAUAUGUCACCAGGUAAUCCAUACCAAGUCUUUGGGUUUUUUUCACCAAAUUUCAUAAAUUUAUGUUUAAACUCCUGAAGCUAUAAAAAUCAUCAGGGAUAAGAAAAAAAUUGUAAAAAGUGACUUUACCCAUUAGGCCAAGGUUUUUCAAGUUGAUGAUUUACAGAUUUUUGAGGUGAAAGAUUAUGGUCGGUAGGUCAGAAAAAUAUAUUUUAAAAGAUGUAAAUAUGUAUAGAAUUACUGUGUAAUUCAGCUUAUUAAAAUAUUUGAGAUCUUUGUUUUGGUCAUCAUUCCUUUAAAUUUAAAUUGACCAUGUAAUUACUGUUAUGUCCAGGAUGAACAGUAAGUACAAAAUUUUUAACCAAAAUCUCAUAAUAACCUUAGAUUUUAUAACUUAUAAUGCAAAAAUGUAUAAUUACAUGUCAGAUAGGGGAUAAUGUCUGAAUUUGUUUCUGAUUGGUCAUAUAAUAUUGAUGUAUAUGUAGAUUGUGGAUACCCUAAUAGUUGGAAGGGGAGGGGAAUUGAAGGUUGUAGCCCAACCAUCAAAUGCUUGAUUUUGAGAAAAUUAUCAUCAUAUUACUGACAAAUCACUUGUUUGUUUUCCAUGUUAUAAAUGUUUGAAUUUGUUGAAGAUUUAUUUACUGUUAUUUAAAGUUGAUAAUUGGAUAAUAUUUAAACAGAUUUUAAACUAAUGUAUGCACUGUUAUUGUUGAAUUAUGUUUAAUUAAUGAUUAUUUAUA